GUACGACGAAACUAACGAUGCUUCUUAACGCCCCUUCAUUACUAAGAAUUCCUCUCCCUCACCACCAAAAUCCUCUCCUCAGAUUUUCGAAAAGAAUUUUCCUUUAUCAUCUUCCAAACUCCUUCACAGCAGAUUCUGCUCUAAAAUGACUACACCAACAGCAACAUCUCUCAUACAAACUAUUCAUUUAAAUGUCAAAGGAGGAGAAAAAGGAACUCCUGUUGAGAUUAUAGCAGCUCCUGGUUUAUCUCAUCAUGACUUCAGGAUGGCAAUUGAAUCGUCUUUGUUUAAGAAAUGGUUGGAGAAUAUGCAAUGUGAAACUGGGAUUUUGACUUAUGGAGAUAUGUCUUUGAAAAGAGUUCUGGUUCAGGGUGUGGAUAUGUUUGGGAAACGCACUGGUUUUGUCAAGUUCAAAGCGGAUGUUAUACACGAUGAAACCGGAAAUCAGGUUCCAGGUAUUGUAUUCUCAAGGGGUGCAGCUGUUGCCGUGCUGAUCCUCUUAGACUCUGGAAAUGAGACUUAUGUCGUACUUACAGAGCAGGUUAGAGUUCCUGUUGGGAGGCUUAUAUUAGAGCUACCAGCUGGAAUGUUGGACGAUGACAAUGGUGAUGUGAUAGGCACAGCAGUUCGUGAGGUUGAAGAGGAGACUGGUAUAAAACUUAAAAUGUCAGACAUGGUUAAUCUCACAGCCUUCCUCGAACCAGCAACAGGUGGCAAAGUAUUUCCAUCACCAGGUGGAUGUGACGAGGAACUGAGUCUAUUCAUGUACAAAGGUGAAGUGGAUAAGGAAGUUAUUGACGCACUACAGGGUAAAGAAACAGGUCUUCGAGAUCACGGGGAACUGAUUAAGGUACGCGUUGUUCCCUAUGAUAAAUUGUGGCGCGUCACCGCCGAUAUGAAGGUUCUGUCAGCAGUCGCCCUUUAUGAAAUGUCCAAGAGAGAUGGGCUUCUGCCUUCGAAAUAGAGCUUGGUUAUAGGGUUUUUCUUUGCUAAAAAACACUUCUGAGUAGGAAAAGUGGUUUCAUCAGCCACUGAAAAAGCAGAAUAUGUGAUUUUGUUUCAGACCCUCAAUUGUUUAACAACUAUCUCUUGAAGAAUGACUUUUCUUUCUCUGUUUUGCCUUUGAUUUCACAUUUGCAUUUUCAUAUCAAGUGGUCCAUCAGAAAAAUUAGAGACACCGGUCUAAGAAGAUGAAUCUAGUAAAAGUACAGAGCACUAGUAUGUUAGAAGCAAGUAAGUUGUCGAAUCUGCUAAGAAGAUUAAAGGAAAUUGCUUUGAAAUUAAGGAGUACUGGUGACUGGUCACCAAACAUGGUGCUAUUAGUGAAUCUUCUUCUUUUUUCCCUGCGUACAUUCCA